CUUGACUUCUGCUCAGAGAUACACCAGUUGAGAGACAACAAGAGCACAGUUAGUGCUCCUAACUCACUCUUUCCAUUCUAGUUGUGGAGAAAAUCAUGAGAAUUUCCUGAGACAAAAGGAAUGUCUAUUGAUGGUGAGAGUGAGACUGGAGCGUCACCUGAAGUAGCAAUAGCAGAGGAACUGUGAAGGUCAUAAUGGCGAGCAUGGUAGUGAGGAGCGUUUGUAUCUGUGCAACAGUGUCCGUCUUCCUCACACUGAAUAUUCUGCUCCAUGUUCCUCACACCAGUCCUUCCUCUGAGAGCUCUUCGCAGGUCACCAGGAGCUCAGCUGCUGUGAAAACUUUCAACAAACCCGGUAAAAAUCUGCAGGUCACCAGGAGCUCAGCUGCUGUGAAAACUUUCAACAAACCCGGUAAAAAUCUGCAGGUCACCAGGAGCUCAGCUGCUGUGAAAACUUUCAACAAACCCGGUAAAAAUCUGAUCGAGGAAGCUACUCUACCAGCCACAUGGUCUCCCUCACCGGAACUUAUCCAACGACUGGAGGCCAGGAGACAGCACCUUCACCAGAUGUGUGCGAAGGAAGGACUGGACCAGCCCACAGAGCAAUAUCAAAUUAACGCAUGGGAAUUCCUCAUAAACAAGGAGUAUGGACUUGUGUGGUGCAAUGUGUUCAAAGCUGCUUCUUCCACCUGGCUCUGGAACUUCAAUCUCCUAGCUGGCUACACACAAGAUGAACUACUCAGCUCAAACAAGUCACCUGUUCAACUAGCCCGCCUCGUGUACCCCAGUGUCGUCAGGUUGAUUUCCUUUAACAGAGCUCUAACAACUACUGGUCUACAUAGAACAUUUUCCUCUGACAGACCCACACCAGAGGAACUCCAACAAGUUAUGAAUGAAACCCCAGCACCACUGUCCUUCAUGAUCACAAGACACCCUCUCCUGCGUCUGGUGUCUGCCUACAGGAACAAAAUCCUCAAUGGUAAUCCGAUAUACAAGAAAUUGUUCUCGUCCAUAUACUCGAAAUACAAGAAGCUGGGUCCCCCCGUGCCGAGGGCGGCCACCAACGGGAAGAAACCUCCCAAGAAUUCUGUCUCUCCAUCGUUCAGUCAGUUUGUACAGUGGGUGUUGGACGAGGUAGCCAGUGGCAAGACCAUCGAUAUGCACUGGAUCCCACAGUCGUCCUUCUGCACCCCCUGCCUCGUAGACUUCACCGUUCUCGCUAAGGUAGAGACGCUGAGGGAAGACGCCAACUACAUCAUCAACACUUCAAAGAUCGACGGCAUCAUUCAACCCAAAGUUAUCAACAGGUCUACUGGGGAGACGACCGAGGCUUUAGCGGUGAAGCUGUUGUGCCAACUGUCGAACUCACAGAUGAACGCUCUUCUCGACCUGUACCGAGUAGACCUCCUUCUCUUCGACUAUGAUGCCUCCACGUACCUCAACUGCUCAACUUCUACUUAAUAUCGCAUGAGGGGUCCACACUGAUGCUACACACUCCUACAUGGAUCUGUUAAAUGUCGUAUGGAGGUCGUGAAUGGCUCUUUGUUUAAGCUCCUAAAAAUUAAUCUUAGACUAGCCACCAGACGCAAAAUUGAUAUUGAAGUUAUUGAUUUGAUGUAUGCCUUGGGUCAAGUGUUCGGAGCUAUGCUGUUACAUAUAAUGGUAUGCCAUCUCCUCAUGAUAUUGACAUCAAAAAUAUUCUGAAUUAUCUAAA